AUGGCAUCUUUUAUUUACUCACUGAUCUUUUCCAUAUCAGACAUGAAGGGAUUUUUGAUUUCAAGGGCUCCUCAGGAGGAGAGAUUGUUGGAGCACGUGGUCACCGGCUUCUAUGCCUGCAUAUUUGUGACGUCCCUUGUUACAAACGCGUUCCUGUUUACAGUGUUCCUUAGAAACAAACAUUUCCGCGACCUCAGCACUUAUCUCAUCGUUCAGAUGGCCGCAGCGGAUGUCCUGUACUUGUGUGUCACCUGCUCUAUAGUUGCUAUAAAGAAUCUGGACAUCGAGCUGAAUCGCAUCACCUGCAAAGUUCUGUUGUACGUGGAGGGAGCUGCCAGGUUUGCGUCUUCGCUGUCUUUAAUGCUGAUCAGCUUGGAACGUUCAACGGCUGUAUGUUCACCAUCCCUGUGCUAUACCAUAAGAAAAGUUGCUAGAGUCAAGGAAAAGGUAGGCGGGUACGACGAAAAACAUAAUGAACGUUCUUCAUUUAUGGGUCAUUUGCAAAAUUGAUAGCGGCAGCUAGGAUGGUGCAUGAGGGCUAAAUAGAAAUAUCAAUUCGUCGAGUUCCAAAAAGGAUUAACUUAAUCUUCCACGAAUCUUAAUUGUAAAUAGUAACUUUAACUUUAACCUAAAUUUGUUUUCAGAUAUUGAUCAUAUUAACCUGUCAUCGUUCGCUUCAUUUCAAAAGAAAGUUCAAUUUAGUAUCAUCUUUUUCAGGCUUGUGCAAGCGUUUCAAUCACCUCUCUGAUCCUUCGAAUGGGUGUGCUCUUUGUGGCGUGUGACCCCGAGAAAUGGGCACCAGGGUACAGAUUGGCUGUGACAAUUGCCACUUACAUUCUACCCCUUGUGGUAGAACUUAUCGCUUACACCAUUGCGUACCACAAGAUAAACCGACGAAUCAGUAACGCAGUCCACAGCAAACAGGUCCUGUUGUUUGUCAAGAAGUCCCUCAAGGUUUUUGUCGUUAUUGCUGUGGUAUUCGCCGUGUGCACUCUUCCUUCGUCCAUCUUGGUAAUUCUACAGUCACUUCGUCUGUACACGCCUUCAUUCUUCGUGGGUUAUCUUGGAGACUUGAUAGAGUGCAUUCCUUGCGUUACAAAUGUCAUCUGCUACGUGUUCUGUAGCCCAAAGUUUCGAAUGGAGAUCAAGAAGUUGUUUUCAGGUUUGUUGUCAGUUCAGUUUUCUUCUCUUGCUACCCAGUUAAUCAUUAAUUUAGCCAAGGUAAACUUGACAAAGCUGAAGGGCUCGAAUAAUAAUGAUAAUAAUAAUAAUAAUAAUAAUAAUAAUAAUAAUAAUAAUAAUAAUAAUGAUAAUUUCUUUAUUUACCCACGGCAGUAUUUAUAACACCUAUGCUAGUGGGCCGAGCAAAUGACUUGAAACAAAUAAUUUAAAUCAAACAUAAAGUGGCAAGAGAGAAAGUGGUUAAGAAUCCCAACUAGCCGGAGGCAAACCAGCGGGCUAUUUACCAGCGUGGUUGAGCAUUUGACCUCGGGACUACCGUGAACAAAUCCAGCUAGCGGUUCGGAGUGGGACUUGAACUCGAGGCUUCCGAAUUGCAAGUCCAGCGCUCUCACCGCUCGGCCACGCUGCCUCCUCCGAAUAGGGAAUGCGAGACUGUUAUAGGCCGCAUUCUUAUUACCAUGAACUGAAACCACUACGUAAAAUUCUAAACGUACUAAGGUGAACCAAACGAAAAAUUAAAGGGCGGAACCAGAACAGAAAGGGGCUGAAUAAUAGAAAAUGUCUCAGAAAACGGGGGACGGAGGUCCCUUCGGCCCCACCCCUAGAUCUGCCCAUGAAAUAAUCGGGAGAGAAACUUAGUACUAAUUCUGGCCGAAAGAGUUUAAUGUACGGGCUCUGUACCUGCUCCUGCUGGUUUUUCAAAAUCCUCUUUUUUGUGCAUCAAAAGCCUGUGGUCCACACUAACGUUAUCGUAUCGUUUAAAAACGCAUAUCUGGCGAUACGUUUUCGUUUUCAGGCAAAUCUCGGACGUCAUCUAUGUCUUCAAAUUUCUCGCAUUUUGGCUUAGACAUGCACGAUUGGGUCUGAUCACAGGUGACCUAGCCUCUGGGUUAGUACCACAGUAUGAAAGCUGUAAAAUUACAUUGUUUGUAAAGUUACCAUCCUAAAAUUUGUAGAAAAUACCGAAUAAAACUCAAUGAAACUUCCUCUGAGAGUAGUUGUUGCUGUCCUUGAUGCUGUCAUGAAGUUUCGCAUACACUCACAAAACUUUGUGUGGACAUUAGUACUAUCACAGAGCCUGGGUUUCCUGUACUCUGACGUCCGCGGUUUUGAAUACCCUCGUUUUACUUUGUUGAAAUUCACAACGUUGACUCAACACGAUGACAGGGGAUGAAACAUGACUUACGUCUCAAUUGAUAUCAACCCCUUCAUUACCCACCAAGCCCAUGAAAGGCUGUACCACACCACUGGUGUGGCACAACCUUUUACGAACAGUAGAGUGGAUUCUUUUACGUUCCACACGAAAGAGCUGUGAGAUGCUGUUUUAGUUUGUUUAAAACAAAAACACGCAGUAGUGUAGACUGGUUCUUAUUAAGUAAAGCUUUUAAAACAUUUUUUAACCAUCAGUAUGCGGGACACAGACCAAAGAAAGUGGUUCGAACGUAAACUCGGCCGACGGAGGUGAGGAUGAAGAUGGUCAAGGUGAAGGCAAAGACAGACGUGCCAAUAAAGGGCUCAUUUUAAAGCUUGAUUGGGUGCUCGGUGAUGAUCCUUCACAAGUUCCCAUUCCAGGAUCUCCCACGCCGAGGGCAGAUAUACCCCUUGACAUACCCAGUACUGUGCAGGAAGGGCCCGAAUUUUCCCUCGGAGAUAACCUCGAGAGCGAGCGGGCACCUUCUGCCAGAAAGAUCUCGGAAAAACCCAGAACAGGAACUUGGCCGCGCAUGCGUAGACUGUUAUACAGUGGUUGGUAUGAUUCAGGGUUCAAUACUUCCCGUGAAUCUUUCAUCUCCGGAUCGACUUCAAAUGGUCUCAACAGCGGCACUUCAAAGUCUAGUACUGAAACACUUGAAAGCAAUUUGCCACGGAGUUUGCCGCUAACUUUGACACAGGGAACCCAAACUGAGUGCAGUAUGUUGACGGUACUUGAUGUCACAGUGCAAGAAGGUGCGUUGUUAAAGAGUAAGAAUACAAAAUAG